AUGGCGUCCCCGAAUGUCAUCAGCGCAGAGGUGGCACCGAAGUUUUACGAUAGUAUUAGUGAGAAAUAUGAUAAGUAUUAUUCUCAAGAUCAGGGGUUGUUAGAUUUUAUCAGAGAGAGUUUGGAAUUGCUGCCUUCGGAUGCUGCGGUCCUAGAUGUCGGUUCUGGCACCGGCAUUCCCACCUCUCUCGCCGUUGUAAAAUCCGGCCGCAAACUCCACGGCAUCGAUAUCUCCCCCAACAUGAUCUCUCUCUCCCGCAAAAAUGUUCCCGGGGGAACAUUCGAACUAGUCAGCAUGUUAGAGUAUACCCCGAAAGAGGGAGAGAAAUUCGAUGGCAUGUUUAUCAUUCUCUCCAUGUUUCAUUUCUCGCGCGAGGAAAUGGGAAAUGCGAUUGCGAAGUGGAGGAAUUGGGUGAAGGGGAACGGAGAGGGAUAUAUUUUUAUUGGGACGAUUGCCGCGGAGGAUGCGGUGAGGAUUGAAGAGAGGAUGUUUUCGGAUGAUAAGCGCUAUGCGGAAAAUAUCCCAGGAAAAUUCAUGGGGGAGAUUAAUACGAAUUUUCUGUAUACACAACUUGGAUGGGAAGAUGUGUUGGCGGAGAAUGGAUUUGAGAUUGUGAAGGAGGGGAAGGCGGUUUUUGAACCGGUGGAAGAGGCAGAGUGUGAUAAGGAAGUGCAUCUUUUUAUUACGGCGAGGAAGGUGUAG